AUGAAUCUCGAAGCUACAACAACUCUUGAAUCCGAUCUCGCUUUUCUCGAUUCAAUUCAACGCUACCUUCUCAACGACCACCAUGACUUCAAUCCUCUCGCCGCUGUUUCCGCCGCAUCUCACGGCGUGGCUCCAUCUUCUCCCACCAACAGUGGCAAUACUAGUUGUGGUUCAACGUCAAUAACUCUUCACUGUGACGCCACCAACGCGCCUCUGGUAUAUCGUGAAAAUCACGCGCCUAAGGUAAAUCGUGAAACUCACGCGCCUCCAUGUUGGCAAAAAUAUAAGGGAGUGAGGCGAAGGCCGUGGGGAAAGUUUGCAGCUGAAAUUAGAGAUCCGAAAAAGAACGGCGGAAGAGUGUGGCUUGGGACUUUUCAGUCGGCUGAGGAUGCGGCUUUAGCUUAUGACCGAGCCGCUUUUAAUUUGCGCGGCUCGAAGGCUAAGGUUAAUUUUCCACAUUUGAUUGGUUCUGAUUCUUUGGAGCCGAUGAGAGUGACUAGUAAGCGGCGUGAGCUGGAGCCGUGCUCUCCAUCGUUGGUGGCUUUAGAGCCGAAAAGAAAAAUUAGCCGAGUCAGUGUCUAUAAUAAUACUUCAUUAUGA